AUGGGACAGAAUCAAUCAGGAUGUGGGAUGCAGAAGAGAGAAAAUGAUGUGUUUGCUUCUGCUGUUGCCAAUGGUGAGAUGGAGGUUGUUGAAGCUAUGGUUGAUGAUGAUGUGAGUGUUUUGGAUAGAACUAUUGGUCGUGCGAGGUUGUCUCCUCUUCAUUUAGCAGCUGCCAAUGGUCGGAUCGAGGUGCUUUCCAUGUUGUUGGAGCAGAAUGUUAAAGUUGAUGUCUUGAAUCGCCAUAAACAGACGCCGUUAAUGUUGGCUGUGAUGCAUGGAAAGACUGGUUGCAUGGAAAAACUUAUUCAAGCUGGAGCUAAUAUAUUGAUGUUUGAUUCUAUUCGUCGAAGAACUUGUUUGCACUAUGCUUCGUAUUAUGGCCACGUAGACUGCCUAAAGGCUAUUCUUUCAGCUGCUCAUUCCACGCCUGUUGCAGAUUCUUGGGGAUUUGCCAGAUUUGUGAACAUAAGAGAUGGAAACGGUGCUACGCCACUGCACCUUGCUGCUCGUCAUAGACGGCUUGAAUGUCUUCAUUCCCUUCUAGACAAUGGGGCUCUUGUUUGUGCUUCAACCGGUGGAUCUGGAUUUCCUGGAAGAACGCCACUACAUAUGGCUGCUCGCGGUGGUUCUGUGGACUGUGUCCGGAUGUUGCUUGCUUGGGGAGCAGAUCGCCUUCAAUUAGAUUCCUCUGGGAGAAUACCAUUCACGGUUGCUCUUAAGCACAGGCAUAGGGCAUGUGCGGCCCUACUCGAUCCUUCAUCAGCUGCACCGCUUGUUUGGCCGUCUCCGCUAAAGUUUAUCAAUGAGCUCAACCAGGAAGCCAAAGCCUUGUUAGAGAACGCCUUACUAGAAGCCAACAGGGAGAGAGAAAAAACCCUAUUAAAGGAGAAUGACAUACCUUCAUCUCCACUUCGUUCUGAUAACAAAGACGAUGACAUUGUCUCAGACUCUGAGGAAAGCAAUAUGGAGUUAUGUUGCAUAUGCUUUGAUCAAGUCUGCACAAUUGAGGUCAAACCUUGUGGUCAUCAAAUGUGUGCUCAUUGUACCCUAGCACUAUGCUGUCUCAAGAAGCCCAAUCCUCAAACUGGUUGCACCACCGGACCAGCAUGUCCAUUUUGCCGAGGUGCCAUUCUUCAGUUAAUCGUUGCCAAGAUCAAGACUUGCAGUGAUUCAGAAGUGGAAUCAAAUCCAACAAAGCCAAGGAGGUCAAGAAAAUCAAAUUUCAGCGAAGGGAGCAGCAGCUUCAAGAGUUUGUCAGCCAUUAGCUCAUUUGGAAGGAUCACUGGUCACAAUUCAGGAAAGAUUGAUACCGAAAAGCAAUGA